GCCGAUGUAAACAUUCGUCUGAUCAAAAUAUUUGUCUCAUUUGUUUCCUUGUUAGCGUAACAAAUACAGGAUACCAUAAACGCAGGUAUUAAUGACUGAUCAGUGAAAAGAACACUGGGAAGUUGAAGACUAUGGAACCGAUUUUAUGGAUUCCAGCGAUUUUGGCUGGGAUGACCACAUGGCUGUACGUUUUGUCAGUCAACAUCCCAGAGCUAGGAACAAACAAUACUCAAAAAGGUGAUCUGAAGUUCCCAACAUCCCUAGAAGAUUUACAGUCGGUAGCCAACCUAUUAAUGAUGUACAAAGAGGAGCACUUUCUCUAUGUUCUGGUCUUAUUCUGUAGUGCAUAUAUCUACAAACAGACAUUUGCUAUCCCUGGAUCAGUUUUCAUGAAUCUGUUGGCAGGUGCCCUGUUUGGGGUCUGGAGAUCCUUUCCCCUUGUCUGCCUCCUUACAGCGACAGGGGCCACAUGUUGUUACAGUCUCUCAAAAUACUUCGGCAAACAAUAUGUUAUAAAAUACUUUCCAGACAAAAUAAAGUUCAUGCAAGAAAAGGUAGAGGAGAACUAUGACAGCUUGUUUUUCUUCCUUCUAUUUCUACGAUUUUUUCCUAUGUCUCCAAACUGGUUUUUAAACCUGGCUUCUCCGAUACUCAACAUUCCAGUGUAUAUGUUCUUCUUCUCAGUAUUCAUAGGUUUGAUGCCGUACAAUUUUAUCUGCGUACAGACGGGCAGCAUGUUGUCUCAGAUCACAAGUAUGGAGGACGUCUUUACAACAGCGACUUUUAUCAAGUUAGCAGGGAUUGCUCUGGUAGCUCUGGUGCCAAGUUUUAUUAUGAAGAAGCUAAAGAACAAAAAACUUAAGUCAAUGUAGUGUUAUUGUUUUAGGUUGUAGUUAAAUGUUUUACAUUGGAUAAAUAAUUAUGCAAAUGGAA